CAUGGGAAAGAACAAACACCUUCAUCCAAGUCUUAUUCUCCUCCUUUUGGUCUUCCUGCCUACAAAUGUCUCAGCCUCUGGAAAACCGCACUAUAUGGUGCUGGUCCCCUCCCUGCUCCACUCUGGGGCCAUCGAGAAGGGCUGCCUCCUUCUGAGCCACCUGAAUGAGACAGUGACUGUAAGUGCUUCCUUGGAGUCUCUCAGGGAGAACAAAAGCCUCUUCGCUGACCAAGUGGCAGAAAAGGACUUAUUUCAAUGUGUCUCCUUCACUGUCCCAGAAUCUUCAUCCAAUGAGGAGGUAAUGUUCCUCACUGUCCAAGUGAAAGGACCAACCCAAGAAUUCAGGAAGCGGACCACAGUAGUGAUUAAAAACAAAGAGAAUCUGGUCUUUGUCCAGACAGACAAACCCAUCUACAAACCAGGGCAGACAGUGAAGUUUCGUGUUGUCAUGUUGGAUGAAAAUUUUCACCCCCUGAAUGAGUUGAUUCCACUCGUAUACAUUCAGGACCCCAAAGGAAAUCGCAUCAUGCAAUGGCAGAAUCUCAAGUUAGAGAGUGGCCUCAAGCAAUUGAAGUUCUCCCUCUCAUCAGAGCCCUUUCAGGGCUCCUACGAGGUGGUUGUACAGAAGGAAUCAGGUGGAAGGACAGAGCACUCCUUCAUCGUGCAGGAAUUUGUGCUUCCCAAGUUUGAAGUGCAAGUAACAGUGCCAAAGAUAAUCACCAUCUUGGAAGAAGAGGUGAAUGUCUCAGUGUGUGGCCUAUACACAUAUGGGAAGCCUGUCCCAGGACACGCGACUGUGAGCAUAUGCAGAAAAUAUAGCAGCCCUUCUAACUGCUUUGGUGGAGAGUCAGAGGCCGUCUGUGAGAAAUUCAGUCAGCAGCUAAACAGUCAGGGCUGCUUCUCUCAGCAAGUAAAAACCAAGAUCUUCCAGCUGAAGAAAGUAGGAUUUGAAAUGGAACUUGUAGUGGAGGCCAAGAUCCAAGAAGAAGGAACAGGGGUGGAAUUAACCGGAAGCGCAUCCAGUGAAAUAACAUCAACCAUAACCAAAGUCUCAUUUGUGACAGUGGACUCAAACUUUAGACGAGGGAUCCCCUUCUUUGGGCAGGUGCUCCUAGUAGAUGGGAAAGGUGUCCCUAUCCCAAAUGAACUCAUCUCCAUCCAAGCAAAUGAAGCUAACUAUUCCUCCAACAGUACCACCGAUGAGCAUGGCCUGGUGCAGUUCUCUAUCGACACCGCCAAUGUUGUGGACACCACCCUCACCGUCAGGGCCAAACACAAGGAUCAUACUAUCUGUUAUGCCCACCAAUGGGUGUCAGAAGAAAAUGAAGAAGCUCAUCACACUGCUAAUCUCGUCUUCUCCCCAAGCAAGAGUUUUGUCCACCUUGAGCCCCUGCCUCGUGAACUGCCCUGCGGCAAAACUCAGACAGUCCAAGCACAUUAUAUUCUGAACGGACAGGUCCUGCAGGAGCUGAAGGAGCUUGCGUUCUAUUAUCUGAUAAUGGCAAAGGGAGGCAUUGUCCGAACUGGGACUCACGUCCUGCCUGUGGAGCAGGGAGACAUGAGAGGCCACUUUUCCGUGUCAGUCCCUGUGGAGUCAGACAUCGCUCCGGUCGCUCGAUUGCUCAUCUAUGCCAUUCUACCUGAUGGGGAAGUGGUGGGGGAUGCUGCAAAAUACGAGGUUGAAAAUUGUCUGGCCAACAAGGUGGAUUUGAGCUUCCGCCCAACACAAACUCUCCCCGCCUCACAUGCCGACCUGCUAGUCACAGCUUCCCCUCAGUCCCUCUGCGCCCUCCGCGCCGUGGACCAAAGUGUGCUGCUCAUGAAGCCUGAGGCUGAGCUCUCCCGGGCCUCGAUUUAUAACCUGCUACCAGUAAAGGACCUCACUGGUUUCCCUGGGAGUUUAAAUCAACAGGAGGAAGACGUUGGAGACUGUGUCAAUUAUCAUAACGUCUAUAUCAAUGGAAUCCUGUAUUCUCCAGUAUCAAAUACAAAUGAAAAAGAUAUGUAUAGCUUCCUAAAGGAUAUGGGCUUAAAGGUAUUUACCAACUCAAAGAUUCGUAAACCCAAAGUAUGUCCCCAGCCUGUACACUAUAAAGAAGAGGUACAUCAAAGACUAUUAGGUUCUCCAGGCGUAGCUGGAAUGACAAGAGUCCAUGACGUUUUGAAAAUGACACAUGUUUCAGAGCCUCCCGCAGAGACUGUGAGAAAGUACUUCCCUGAGACGUGGAUCUGGGAUUUGGUGGCAGUAAACUCAUUAGGUGUGGCUGAAGUAGGAGUAAGAGUCCCUGACACCAUCACUGAGUGGAAGGCAGGGGCCCUCUGCCUGUCCAGUGACACUGGACUUGGUCUCUCUCUUCCCACCUCUCUCCGAGUCUUCCAGCCCUUCUUUGUGGAGCUCACAAUGCCCUACUCUGUGAUCCGAGGAGAAGCCUUCACACUCAAGGCCACGGUGUUAAACUACCUUCCCAAAUGCAUCCGAGUCAGUGUGAACCUAGAACAGUCUCCUGCAUUUCUAGCUGUCCCAGCAGAGAAGGAACAAGAGUCUCACUGCAUCUGUGGAAAUGGCCGGGAAACUGUGUCCUGGGCAGUAACCCCAAAGUCAUUAGGGAAUGUGAAUUUCACUGUGAGCGCAGAGGCACUGGAGUCGAAAGAGCUGUGUGAGACUGAGGUGCCUGAGGUCCCUGAACAUGGAAAGAAAGACACAAUCAUCAAGCCUCUGUUGGUUGAACCUGAAGGACUAGAGAAGGAAAUAACAUUCAACUCCCUGCUUUGCCCAUCAGAUGCUGAGUUGUCUGAAAAAUUAUCUCUGAAGCUGCCUACAAAUGUUGUAGAAGAAUCUGCCCGAGCCUCCUUCUCAGUUUUGGGAGACAUAUUAGGCUCUGCAAUGCGAGACACACAAAAUCUCCUCAAAAUGCCCUAUGGCUGUGGAGAACAGAAUAUGGUCCUCUUUGCUCCUAACAUCUAUGUUCUGGAAUAUCUAAAUGAAACACAGCAGCUGACUCCAGAGGCCAAGUCCAAGGCCCUUGGCUACCUCAACACUGGUUAUCAGAGACAGCUGAUCUACAAGCACCAUGAUGGCUCCUAUAGCACCUUUGGGGAGCAACGUGGCAGAAGUGAGGGAAAUACCUGGCUCACGGCCUUUGUACUGAAGACUUUUGCAAGGGCUCGAACCUAUAUCUUCAUUGAUGAAACACACAUUAACCAAGCCUUGUUCUGGCUCUCCAACAAGCAGAAGGACAAUGGCUGUUUCAGGAGUUCUGGGUCACUGCUCAACAAUGCCAUCAAGGGUGGAGUAGAAGACGAAGUGACCCUCUCUGCCUAUAUCACCAUUGCCCUUCUGGAGAUUCCUCUCCCCUACAAUCACAACGUUGUCCGCAAUGCCCUUUUCUGCCUGGAGUCUGCCUGGAAGUCAGUGAAGGAAGGAUCCCAUGGCAGCCAUGUCUACACCAAGGCACUGUUGGCCUAUGCUUUUGCCCUGGCAGGUAACCAGGACAAGAAGAGAGACGUACUCGAGUCACUUAAUAAGGAAGCUGUGAAGGAAGAUAAUUCCGUCCACUGGACACGACCUCAGAAACCCAGGGCACCAGUGGAGCCUUUUUACAAACCCCGGGCUCCCUCUGCUGAGGUGGAGAUGACGUCCUACGUGCUCCUCGCUUACCUCACAGCCCAGCCUGCCCCAACCCCAGACGACCUGACUUCUGCAACGAACAUUGUGAAGUGGAUCACAAAGCAACAGAAUUCCCAGGGGGGCUUCUCCUCCACCCAGGACACAGUGGUGGCUCUCCAAGCUUUGUCCAAAUAUGGAGCAGCCACUUUCACCAAGGCUGGAAAGGCUGCACAAGUGACCAUCCAAUCUUCAGAGAAAUUUUCCUCAAAAUUCCAAGUGGACAACAACAACCGCCUAUUACUACAGCAAAUUUCAUUGCCAAAGGUGCCUGGAGAAUACGACGUGACAGUGAGUGGAGGAGGAUGUGUCUACCUCCAGACAUCCUUCAAAUACAAUAUUCUCCCAGAAAAGGAAAAGUUUCCAUUUUCUUUGGAGGUGCAGACUCUGCCCCAAACUUGCAGUGGACCCAAAGCCUACACCAACUUCCAGAUCACACUGAAAGUCAGUUACACUGGGAGCCGUCCUGCCUCCAACAUGGCAAUUGCUGAUGUGAAGAUGGUAUCUGGCUUCAUUCCCCUAAAAUCAACAGUGAAAAUGCUUGAAAGAAUUGACAAUGUGACCCGAACAGAAGUCAGCAACAACCAUGUUUUGAUUUACCUGGAUCAGGUGACAGAUAAGACACUGAGCUUGUCGUUCACAGUUGUGCAAGACAUCCCAGUAAGAGAUCUGAAACCAGCCAUAGUGAAAAUCUACGAUUACUAUGAGACAGAUGAGUUUGCAAUUGCUGAGUACAAUGCUCCUUGCAGUAAAGAUGGUGGAAAUGCUUGAAGACCAUGUCAAUGAAAACCGCUUUGCUGGAGUCCCUGUUCCACAGAUUCAGGUCUCUGUGGAAGAAAAGAGUUUUUGUAUCUCUGAAGACUUGAUGAAUAAAUC